AUUCUCUUGCUGCCGCGCGGUGGGACGAGUCCAAGGAGUUGCGGCUAUAUACAGUGUGUACACCGCCGACGUUGUUGUAAGGUUAAAUUAAAUUUGCUUGUUUGCAGCUUGAUGUGGAACUAACUCAGUGUGUGAGGUUGUUCUCGACCUCUGCGCAACGACGACCUUCUUACGAUUGGGUCAAACGUAGUUGAUGCUAUAUUAUACUGAAAUACUAAUGGGUUACGCAGUGAAAUUUCAGUUUUCAGAGCGUUCUAAUCUAUAUUAAAGGCAUUCGAAGCGUAUUAAUGCUACACAACGCUUUUUGCAAAUAUAUUGCAUUCUUGAUGUCUGUUUAAGGUAUUAUGGAAUUUCUCGUGUUGCUAAAUGUUUAAUUAUACCAUGUAAGUAAAUUUUCAAAUGAAAGCGAAUUAUAAAAACUGCAGAGCAUUAUAAAAUGUAAAGAAAGUGAAGAAUCAAGUUUUCUGCUUAUCUACACUGCUGUACAUGUUCUACAGGUUCUUCGAGAAUGCGCUAGAUGGCAUUACUUAUGAUUGCUCUGGCUGAGUUUUGAAGAACUACAAUUAUUUUCGUUAUUUGUUUGUUUUUCAUUGAAAUAGUGCGAAAAACAACAAAACGGUAAUAAAAAAAGCUUAGUUAUGAGCUAAAGUUUUAGUUAACUUUUCUAAUUCUUUCAUAUUUCUCCAAAAUGUUAUAAAUAGUUGCAAUGGUAAUUUGAAAAUUUGAAGCACAGAGCUUCAUGCUUAUAAACGUUUUGAGAUGAGCGAAAAAAAUGAUGUAAUGUACUAUGUAACUGUUGGCAUUAGCAUAAUUUUUUCUACUAACCACGAAAAAUAUUGAAUACAAAUGUUUGCUGUUAACAGUUUUUCUUACUUGCAAAAUAACUUCCCUAAUUCGGAAGUUAAAAUUGCUCAAUAUAUAAUUAAAAAUAACAAUUUUUCGUAUGACCUUCAUAUUAUUUUACUUCUUACACGUGUCCAUUUGUAGCUAUAAAGCCUUCUACGCGAGCGUUUUUAUUUAUUCAUACUUCUGUUAAAAUUUCUCUACGACGAAAUCCAAAAGCUUCAAAUACACAUCUUUCAACAUGGCUUGUUUAAAAAAUAUUUUAUUUUUCGGUCUUGUAGUUCUCUUCUACCUAGCAAAUGCUACUGCUCAGGAAGCUGCUGGCAAACAGGAAGUCGACACUCCUGAAGUUACACAUUCCGAAGGCGAAGGAGAAGAUGAUUAUUACGACGAAGACGAUGCACCGAUAAAAAAUCCUACUGAACUUGAUGAACAAUGGGUGAAGAAUUUAAUCGGUGUCCAAAUGCCCGACCUUUCAGAUAACUGUUUUGAAAUCAUUAGCAAACAUUGUGCAGAGUACGCGGGAAAUAACGAAAAAACACUACACUGCGCCGCAUCAUAUCAGAACUUCGAAGUCUGCUAAGGUAUAGUAAUACGGAAACAUUGAGAAUAACGUACCAACAUAAGAACUACUAAAGCAAGUUUAAAGCAAAUAUGAAAAAAAAUGUAAAUAAUGUUGUAACAGUUUCUUACUAAACCGAUUUGAUAUUACUGAAUAAAAAACUCGAAACAAA